AUGCAGGCUCCGGUGGUGGUGAUGAACACCAAUUCCGGUGAACGCCAGGUCGGCCGUAGGGCGCAGAUGUCUAACAUUACCGCGGCUAAGACGUACGAUAUCCUUCAACCUCCUUUCUUCUUCUCGUUCGAUGCUAAUUCAGUAAACACCAGUGUUGCGGAUAUCAUCCGGUCAUGUCUCGGACCCAAGGCGAUGUUGAAGAUGCUGCUUGAUCCCAUGGGUGGUAUUGUGCUGACCAACGAUGGGCACGCUAUCCUGCGAGAAAUCGAAGUGUCGCACCCGGCGGCCAAGAGUAUGAUCGAGCUUAGCCGUACCCAGGACGAGGAGGUCGGCGAUGGAACCACAACUGUUAUCAUCCUUGCUGGAGAAAUGCUCGCCCAGGCCAUCCCCCAGCUCGAACGUAACAUCCACCCCGUCGUUAUCAUCCAGGCUUUCAAGCGCGCCCUCGCCGAUGCCCUCCAGAUCAUUGAGGAGGUUUCCACACCGGUCGAUAUUCACGAUGACAAGGCCAUGUACUCCCUCAUCCAGUCAUCUAUCGGAACCAAGUUCGUCAACCGGUGGUCAGAGCUGAUGUGUAGCUUGGCUCUGGUCGCUGUCCGAACUGUUUCUUUCGACAUCGGCGGUGGCAAGCAGGAAGUUGAUAUCAAGCGUUACGCUCGUAUUGAGAAGAUCCCCGGUGGUCAAAUCGAGGAUUCUGAGGUGAUCGACGGUGUCAUGGUCAACAAGGAUAUCACACAUCCCAAGAUGCGUCGCAGAAUCGAAAACCCCCGCAUUCUGCUUCUCGACUGCCCACUGGAGUACAAGAAGGGCGAGUCUCAAACCAACAUCGAGAUCUCCAAGGAGGAUGACUGGAACCGUAUUCUCCAGAUUGAGGAGGAGCAGGUCAAGCACAUGUGUGAGGCCGUUGUUGCUUUCAAGCCUGACGUCGUUAUCACCGAGAAGGGUGUUUCUGAUCUCGCACAGCACUUCUUGAUGAAGGCCAACAUCACAGCCCUCCGCCGUGUGCGAAAGACCGACAACAACCGUAUUGCCCGUGCAAGCGGUGCCACUAUUGUCAACCGUGUUGAUGACAUCCAGGAGUCCGAUAUUGGUACUGGAUGUGGACUGUUCGAGAUCGAGAAGAUUGGUGACGAGUACUUCACAUUCAUGCGCAAGUGCAAGUCCCCGAAGGCCUGCACAAUUUUGCUGCGCGGUCCCUCAAAGGAUAUCCUCAACGAGGUCGAGCGCAAUCUGCAGGAUGCCAUGUCCGUUGCUCGCAACGUUAUCUUCCACCCCCGCCUCUCUCCCGGUGGUGGUGCCGUCGAGAUGGCUGUUUCCGUGAAGCUCAGCCAGCUUGCCCGCUCCAUCGAGGGUGUCCAGCAGUGGCCAUACAAGGCGGUUGCCGACGCCAUGGAGGUCAUUCCCCGUACAUUGGCUCAGAACGCUGGCGCCAGCCCUAUCCGUGUUCUCACCCAGCUCCGUGCCAAGCACGUUGAGGGCCACACCUCCUGGGGUCUGGACGGCGACUCUGGUAAGCUCGUUGAUAUGAAGGAAUACGGCGUUUGGGAGCCCGAGGCUGUCAAGCUCCAGAGCAUCAAGACCGCUGUCGAGUCUGCAUGCUUGCUUCUCCGUGUCGACGAUAUCUGCAGUGGAAAGUCCGCCCAACAGAUCGCCGGCGGCGGCGGUGGCGGCGAGGAAUAA